GACUAGCGACCCCCUCUGUGUGUGCAUGUGUGUGUCUCACUUCUCAGGGGCUUUGUUGUUAUAGUGGAAGCUCAGCUAUGGUCAGCGUCUUCUCGCCGGCUAAAACGAAUAGUUUUUAAAUGUCCACCUUUCUUGCGAGGGAGACACAACCGUAGACCUCGCUGUCCUCUUCGUGAGGACAAAAGAGAAAAGAGAAGCUGCGAGGACAAGAGUGCUCGGCGAGGAAGAUAAACCUGAGAUCCAGCGAUGGUCUGCUCCACACGCCGCGCUAUGUGGCUUCAGCGAGAACCUUCACUUCACCCAGGAAGUCUCUGACAGUUCAGGCCGACCUCUGACCUUCUCCUGUUGUGAUGGAGAAUCGCAGCACGCUGUCAGUUAUCGUGGCCUUGCUCGGAAUGCUAAGCCAAUGUCUGACACAUCUAACUCCGAGAAUCACCUUCUCCAUAGGUAGCCCCGGGAGACACUUAACCCGCUUUAGUAACCACGAUGUCGGAAACACUACCACACUGCUGCUCAGCGAAGCUGGAGACAUGCUGUAUGUUGGAGCGCGGGAUGCUGUGCUAGCUUUGGAUGUUAGCCACGAGGAUGUCAUCACCCUAAGGAACAAGCUGGACUGGAGCCCUUCAGACAAAGACUUGGAACAAUGUUCCAUGAAAGGCAAGAACAUAGCCGACUGUCCAAACUUCAUCCGUGUGCUGCAGUUCCUGAACUCCUCCCACAUCUACGCCUGUGGAACGUUUGCCUUUAGUCCACGCUGCACCUAUGUGAACUCGGAGUCUUUAACAAUGAGCAUGAAGCCUGAUGAGGGCAGAGGUCGUUGCCCUUAUGACCCCUACCAGCGCAAUACUGCCAUUAUUGUUGAUGGGGAGCUUUAUACCGGUACAGUGGCAGACUACAGAGGGAAUAGACCCGUCAUCUCCCGGCACCUCAGUGAAAGCAGGCGUGUUGAUCUGAAGUUGGACGAUACAUUAGGAUGGCUGGAAGAUCCAACCUUCAUCAGUUCCAGUUACAUUCCUGAUGAGGAGAAGAUCUACUUCUUCUUCAGUGAAGUGGGCAGAGAGUAUGACUUCAUAGACAAGUUUAUCGUGUCUCGGGUUUCCCAGAUCUGCAUGAGUGAUGUUGGCGGUCAACGCACCCUGCAGCGACGUUGGACGACCUUUGCCAAAGCACAGCUGCUGUGCCAGGCUGAUAAUGAGCUUCCUUACAAUGUGUUACAAGAUAUCGACACCCUGCCGCCAGCAGAGGGAGUGCCUGCAGAUGAGACAUUGUUUUAUGGCAUCUUCACCUCACAGUGGUCUGUUAACUCAGGGCACUCAGCAGUCUGUUCCUUCCGCCUGAGCGACAUCAGAGCGGUUUUCUCUGGGAACUACAAGGUCCUGAACCGGGACACCUUACAGUGGAGCACACGUGUUCAGGAGAAGGUUGCAAAUCCAGGAGAGUGUGGACUGCACAAUGCUUCUGAUAACGCCCUGCGCUUUAUCAAAGAGAACUUCCUGGCAGACGACAGCGUCAGGCCCAUUGACAGGCAUUUGACCAUGGUGUCUACCGGCUACAAGUACAGUCAUCUGACAGCUCAGAGAGUCCAGGCUGCCAACAACAAAAACUACACCGUUCUCUUUCUACUCACAGAGUCUGGUUACCUCCACAAAGCAGUGGUGCUGCAGAGCGGGGCCCACAUCGUUGAAGAGGUCCAGGUGUUUGAGCAGCCUCAGCCCGUCAAAAGCCUGAAGUUGUCUAUACCCAAGGGUAUGAUCUAUGUGGGCACAUCGGAAGGCGUGAUGAGGGUCCCAACAGCAAACUGCUCUUUUUAUUGGACCUGUGCUCAGUGCGUCCUGGCCCGAGACCCCUUCUGUGGCUGGGACACUGUCAGCAGGACAUGCGUUGAGACCUCCAACACUCAGAUCAGUCUAGCGCAAGACGUAGACACAGGAAACGUCAAAGAAACGUGCGACCGUGGUACAUUCACAAACAGAGUCAGGUUUGAUCCCAACGAAGUGUCUGCAGGUGAGUUAGUGUCAGUGGCUCUGAACGAGGUGGUGCGGCUACGGUGUCCUGCGGCUUCCCAUCUGUCCCAGCAGCUGUGGGAGCGUCCCAACAGUCAACUGUCCUCAGACCUGUACUUGCACCUGGGGGACGGGGGCCUGAGCUUUGUGGCAACGCCCGCCACUCUCGGCCACUACCUCUGCCUUUCCAUUGAGAACGGCUACCAGCAAACUAUGGCCAUCUAUCACGUCAAACAGAAGAGUGGCCCGCUUGUCCAAACUACCAGCAGCUACACGGCUCUUCAGACGCUAACCGCAGCCAAAACACAGGCAGCGCCAAGUCCUAGUCCUGGCCUGCACUCCUUUGAGUUUUGGCCUUUACUAAAAAAAACAAUGCAAGGAGACAUUGAGCCAACCGUGUCCAGUAUGGACACCACACCUGUUCCCACGCAGCGAGGCUUGAACUUGACCGUUUGGACCCCGGAACCUGGGCAGACGGAGACAGACUUUGUCGGAGGAGAGCUGCUGCACUCGGCCCGAGAGCCCUGUUAUCUCAAAGAGCUGGUGGUCGUGUCUGUGCUGCUGGUGCUCUGCAUCAGUCUGACCAUCACGAUGUUCCUGUACGUGGUCAGACUGCACUGCCGCAGCCGAACGGUUCCUCACACAGCUACCCCAAGCAGAAACUCAGACAGAAGAACUCCCGUGGAGCACGAGGCCCCGAGGAGGAACCAGCUGUUUAAUAAAAGCAACAGACACAGUCCGCACAGUGGACAGGCCUGUGGGUCGGGCUGCAACGGAGCACUGACGGAAGGUAACGGACAUUUGCCGAACACGCCCAUCUGACCCGUCUCCCACUCUUGAAGUGCUACAGAUCGGCCCAGGGCUGAAACUUUCUGUGGAACAUACUGUAAAUGUUCUGAAUGUUUGACUGAUUAGAUCUGGUCAAAUACAGACGAGUGUGUGGGUAUUUUAUAGACUAGCCCGUGGUUGAUGCUUCUGUGACUGCAACAGUUUGGUGUCUUUUAUUUUUUUAAUGGAAUCACAUUCGUUCCACUGAAAUGAACCAGAGCGGAGGAUCAGAAUUAAAGAAAAAAAGAGUUUUUGCGUUUCGUUAUGUUGAUAAUGACACGUUUUCUGCAUCAGUAUUCUUAAACCGAACAAGCGCCCCCUGCUGCUGUCUAAACAGUUGCGAAGCUUUUAUUUAUUAAAUGGCUGCGGGAUCAUCAAAACA